UCCUGAUGUUCACCAUAUUCUCUGCUCUGAAGAGUAUCAUUUGCCAUCAAGGAUGUUCGCAGAACCUGAGAGGAAGUGCUCUCUUCAGUUUUUGGAGUUCUCAUUUUGGGAGGUCCGAAAUUCCAGAAGCCGUCUGUCCACGUUGAGGAAGAAGUUCAAAGCUUCUAAAUCCUUCUACAUCAACCGCUCACUGGAGACAAGGGAGGUGCUGGCGGUUUCUGAUGGAGAGUUAAAUAAUGCUGAUAAAGAUGGCAGGGGCAGCGACCAGAGUCUGAACAGCCUGCCUAGUGUCCAGACGACUGGACUUACAUCGGAACAUUCAGUGGCCAGCUGGGCUGUGUCAUUUGAGAGGCUUCUGCAAGACCCCCUUGGGGUUGACUAUUUUACGGAGUUUCUGAAAAAGGAAUACAGUGCAGAGAACAUAUUUUUCUGGAAAUCAUGUGAGAAGUUCCAGAGCAUUCCUGCUGGCAACACAGAUCAACUUUUAAAAGAGUCUCGGAGCAUUUACAAUGAAUUCUUGUCAAGCAAGUCGUUGUGUCCAGUCAAUGUAGAUCAUCAGGCCCUUAUCACAGAGGAAAUGCUGCAGAAGCCUUUCCCUGACAUGUUCAAAUCACAUCAGACGCAGAUUUUCAACCUGAUGAAGUUUGACAGCUAUACUCGCUUUGUAAAGUCAUCCCUUUAUCAGGAGUGCAUGCUGUCCGAGGUGGAAGGUCGGCCGUUACCCAGCCUCGGUUCAUCACCUGAUGCCAUUAGUACAGACGGCAAUAACCUCACAUCUGGAGCGGUAAAGAAGAAGCUGAGACCUGGAAAGUCUCUCCCACUUGGAGUUGAAGUCACUGGAGUCGAGAACAUUGCAGAUCUUGUCUCCAAAUCGACCAGAAGAUCUUUCAAGAAGAAGGACAGAAGAGGAACCUGUAGAGAGUCUUUGGAAAGCAAUGGAUUCUCAUCCCGCCGUGAGUCUCAGACAUCUUUCAACUCCACUACUAGCCUGGACCAGAGUUUGACCUCCAAUGCAAGCAAGUCAGAGAAUGAUGAUGGGAGUCUCAGCAAUGCUGAACCUGAAGCAGAAGCCAAACCAGUUAAAUAUUGCUGUGUUUAUCUGCCUGAUGGCACUGCCUCACUUACAGCAGUGAAACCUGGCCUGACCAUCAGGGACAUGCUUGCUGGGGUCUGUGAAAAGCGUGGCUACUAUCCGACAGAUGUGAAAGUCUACCUAGCAGGCAACGAACAGAAGGCAUUGGCACUGGAUCAGGAAUGCAAAGUUCUUACAGACCAGGAGGUGAGGCUGGAGAACAGAAUCCACUUCGAUUUACAAAUCGAAUGCCUAAAUAAGAAUGUUCGUAUAGUGUCAAAGUCCACAAAGACUAUUCAAGAAGCAAUACAGCCAACUAUGAAGAAAUAUGGCCUGGAGAAUCAGCAUGUUGUCCUCCAUAAGGUUGGGGACUCACAAGUUUUGGAUCAAAGAUGUUCUGUUAAUGAGGUAGCUGGGCAGAUGCUUAUGUUAGAUGUCACAGACAUAAAGGAGGCUCCUAAUCGGACAGGAAACGCAGUCAAUCAUCAAACUAAGAAAGACUCCAUAAAGGAGAAGAUCAGAGAGACAAAUAUACCAGUGCCACGAAGGCAGACUAACCACAUAAAUCACAUACCAGGCGAUUCUGGGAAAGUGAAGAAUAAGCCCCAUCAUCAAGCAUACGACAUUGAAGGAUUGGUUGAGCUGCUUAACAGAGUCCAGAGCUCCAGAGCAGAAGACCAACGAGGCCUGUUGUCCAAGAAGGACCUGGAGUUACCAGAAUUCCUUAAGCUUCCCACCGUGAAUAGACAUGAUUCAUGUGACAUGACAGGUCUGAAUGAUUCCAUAGAAAGUCCAGAGGUGCCAUCCUGUAGCCUUGAUGUAUCAUUAUCUCCUGAGAUCUGCAGUGAACACAAACCUUGUACAGACACCAGAUCUUCAUCGCCAGAGUCUUUUACAUCAUCACAAAAACAAAUUACAAGCAACACUGCCGCCCUGAAAGAUGGGGUUCGCAUAAAUAGAGACACAAUUCAUAAGGAGAUCAUUUCUGAAUUGAACUCCAUGCAUCAACCUCCAUCAGCUAACAACCAAAUCCAAACAGAGAGUUUUGAUUCUCCACUGUAAUAACCGAAAUGUCCAUUUUCCUGUAGCAAUUGCACUCCCUGUGGUGAAAUCAUGGAUGUAAAUAAGUGAUCGCAAAAUGUUGUACAGGGAAAUAUAACAAUUUGUCAUAGAUCAUCACAUAAACCGGCAAUCUUGUAUAUAGUAAUCAACCAAAACGAUGU